AUAGCAGACACUCGCAAAAAUGACGGCAAUGAUGCAUUUCUUAAUCAUGAUUUUGUCAAGGCCAUCAACUUGUACACAGAAGGAAUUGAAGUAAAAUGCGAGGAUGAAGAUCUGAAUGCCAAAUUGUACAACAACAGGGCUUCAGCCCACUAUCACUUGGGUAAAGUAUCAUUCAUAUCAACUCUACGCAUAGUCGACAUUGUACUCUAUUCCGUAUCCAACAUUCCAUUGUCUAUUCUGCAUCACGACCCUUUUACGUAAGGACACAGUUUUGGAAUCUUAAUACAGCUGUCUCUAUUGCCCUGUUGAUGAUGUUAUCAGGAUGAAGUUUUAUGUGGACGAACUUUUUAAAGCCUAAGCGGGUGACAGUGGGGGAAGGUGGAUGUGGUCUCGAUAGAGAAUCUUUAGUUAACCUUGUCGAAAAGCCGAUAGUUCAUGGUCUGAUCAUGUUGCGUGUUCGUUACUAGCUCUAGUCUGAGUCCCUGAAAACCUUAUUUUCGUUUUAUGUGCCUUAAUAGGUUCAAUUCAUGCAUGCAUCUUCCCGUUCCGCCGAUGUAUACUUCGCUGCAUUCGCAAGGAAUCUCAUAAAAUACUCACAAUUCUUCUAAUCAACUCAAUACUUUCGGAUUCUUCUUUUUAAUUAAAUUAAGGAUAAAAACUCUUGAUAGAAAUGUGAUGCUGAAUUUUGUGCUUGGUGAAUACAUUAUAAAGAUGAUUUUUCAAUAUUAGUGACACAGGCGGCCCGGAAGGAAAAAUUCCGAGUACUCCCAAUACUCUCUGUGUCACUGGUUAUGACAUCAUCUUUCUCAUCUAUUCAAGAGGCUACAAGAGGCCAUCACAUCAUCACAUCUCUAUCAUCAUCACAUCUCUAUCAUUGCGCCCAAGCACAUGUCAACAUUCUAGUCCCAGCAGUAUGCCUGAUAUUUGUCUAGUUCAGUGGUGGCCUUAGCACCCACGAGUCUCCUUUGGUUUAGUGGUAGAGCAUCUGGACUAGCAGCCUGAAGGUCAUUGCCUAAUUUCAUACCGAGCGGGGACCUGGCACUACCGGAUUUGCCCGGACCUUUUAAUAAGUCCAGUUUCAAAGUGGCGGAUAGUCAGAGUAAAAACUCGAAAGGGAACAGGUCUUUUUUGAAGAAAUAUUGAUCAUUAUUCUCUCGGAGAAUCUGCCUAAACUUAGCAAGGAAAGGAUGCAGUAUUUCUGCAAUGCCCUGAAGCUGAACUUAAAGAGCCAACACUCAGCAAGUGCAAGCAAUUGUUCGAUGAAAAGGUCGCUCGAAACCAAGAAGAUUAGAAAUUUCUAUUACGGCAAAGUAUCUUCUACUUAAUUCUACUCGCAUCUGUAAAGAAGGGGGUCAUUGGCAGCAACACAGAUGCGUACCGAUCGUAACUAAAGUAUACUGGAGCAAACUUUAAAAGGGCAGUACCCGAGGGCUUGCCUGGAUUAUUCCCGUCAAGAAAAGAGAAAUGUCCGUGAAAGGUACUACGUGUAGUGAACUUUGUGGCGUUUUGUACAUGUCAAACCUAGUGUUCUUAAAUCACAUGUAGGGCCGGGAGAAUAAGGGACUGGUCUAUACUCAGUGCAUGCUGGCCAAAAGGCAGACGUAGACUGUGAUUACAAGGUGAUCUCCCAAAUCGUGGUUGUAAAAAUGUUUUUAGAUUCCAAAAGUUUUAAAGAGUCAGCUCAACAAGUGACCCCUUGUAAGCCAUUACUAUUUGACAUUUUAUCACUGAAUUUAUACAUGUCUUGAGUUUUGUCUAAAAUACUAAAAUUGCAAUGUAACUGGAAGGUACAGAAUCACACUGGGUGGCCUCACAGGUCCUCACAAAGAAACUAUACACAAUUUAUCCCGCUAAAAAAAAUUCUUGUUUAUUAUUAAACUGCUCAAUGCAUGAGUUCUUGUCACAGGAAAACUAACUAAAAUUGUCCCUAACAAGAACAUAAAGGGAAUACAAAGAUAACCUCUUUCCAUUCUUAAUCAUGAUCAUAUUUUUUAAAGGAAUAACUGAAACGGUAAUUUAAAUUAAAAAAUGCAAUCAACACAUUGGUGAAAUGAAAAGUGAUUUUUCGUGGAAUAUAACUGAUUUGGUUUGCAUAGCCUCUAUUUUCACUUGUUGUUCAUGUUGUUUUAUUGGGAAUGAACGGGUCUCUUAAUUCCUCUAUAUACUCCCUGCCUGCCUGUUAACUUUCUGAUACUCGGGCGGUUUUACAAACGCGAUAUAAACAUAAGGGGACUCAAUCCCUGAAAUCAUAUUCAGUCUGCACUUGAUAAAGCUGCACUUUUUCGUCUGCCUCACCUGUUUCAUCUCUGCUCUUGGUCUGAUCUGCACCGAUUUCAUAAGCAACUGCUCUGUAUAAUUUUCACUUUAUAAUUUGUGAUGGGUUUUGAUUUGCAAAGGACCCUUUCACAUAUCAUCUUUGCAGCCUCUCCGAUCGGGACAGGUUAUAACUGAGCAGAAAGCGCUAUUGCGUGCCAACCCAAUCAGUUCUUCGCGACUGGAUACCUGUAGCUACAAUUAGUACGCCUUUAUUUUAGCGGACGAGAAUUUCCUCUCAAGUAAGACUAAAGUAUACUUGCUUUUAUCUUUGUUCAGUGAGAAUUGUUUCCUUUCUGAUAAUUAGGAUUUCUACUUAGACCGUACGCAGCGACCGCGAGAAAACAUAAUGUAAGCUGCCGACCUAAUACGAUGUUGCCCUUUCGCUCCAGGUCACUAUGGCGUGUUUCGCCUUUUGGUAGUCUUUAUUUUACGCUUUGUAAAAACAACUUCACCCACUCCCUUAUCAUUCCCCAAUAUUCGGUCGGAUCCAACGCCGUAAAAAAACACUCAACUCGACGGUUCUUUGUUGAAAUGUUUCGUCGGUAGCGAUCCUUCCAAGACUUCCAAGUAGCGAAAGUCGCCCCAUAAGAUCUUUCUUUUCUCGAAGUUCUUUAUAGCAGUAAAACAACUGUUCUUUGCUAAAGAAUAGUAACUUUCUAAAGUAGUAAUCUGGCCCUUAAUAUCGUUUCAACUGCAUGUAGUGACCUUUGCCUUACCUUCUAUUUUGGAAGACAUUUUAAAAAGUCCGGAUCCGGGAAAAUCCAGUAGUGCCAUGCCCCCGCGUGGUAUGAAAUGAGGCAAUAGCUGCGACUCCUAUUGGGCUACCUGUGUGACUGAUUGAAAAGUCAUCUUUCUCAAAAAACUCUUUUUCAGAGAAUUACCAUGCUUGUCUGAGUGACUUAAAAGCUGCGACAGCACUACAGCCGUCUUAUCUCAAGGCGAUUAUCAGAGGUGAAAAUGAAUCUCAGUAGUAAACCUGAAUUUUUCCUCUAUUUACUCAUUUUAAAUGCGUCGAAUUUUUUUCACUAGGGGCGAACACCUGUUUCAAGUUGAAGCAGUUUGAAGAAGCCAUCAUCUGGUGUGAUAAAGGACUAACCGUAUCCUUUCUUUAUACCUUUCACAAACCUUUUUCACUUUUGAGAUCUUCGUGUGCGCGUACGAAAAUAAAAAUUGCGGGGGAUUUAUUAAGAAGCAACACACUGGACAAAUUACUCAAACAAAAGGAAAGGAAAAACGUGCGUGGACAGACUAUCUUUUCGUAGAAGAGUAAAUACAAAUCCCUGACCGCACAAAAGUGUUACCUCCUUUACUUUUACUAGGUCAAUGUCUCUUUUUUUAUCGUUUAGUAAAUUAUGGUUGAAUCGAUAAAAUCUAUUUAACUAUUAAGUGACUUGUUGGUGACGCCUCCUGACAUCUGACACAAAGAGUAGCCAUUUACAAGUACAAGUGGAUUACCGAACCAUCUUAAAAUACAUAUCAACUGAUGCUGCUCAAACGUGUCAUUCCUACCACUGCCGUCAACCUAGUUUCAGGUAAAAAGCAGAUUAUUUUCUACACCCUUAACUCUUGUAAGAUUGACAAGGACAACCAGGAUCUGCUGGAGAUAAAGACUUGUUCUGUCAUAGAACGCGGAAAGGUUUUAACACAGGAAGGCGAUAAAGCAGCAAAAGAGGAGGGCGAUUCACGAACAAACCAAACAUCUCUUGAUCGUACUUGUAAGUAAACUCCAAACACAAAGAGUACCUAUAACCAGGGGUCUUUACUUCAAGUGGGUCUACAAUUUGUCAGGCAUCAGAUGUUAUGUUUUCUUCUUUGGCUUUGACUCACUCAGAUACUGGCAGAAAUCAAAACUCUGUUUGUAUUUCUAUUUCAGCAAUAGCGGAAACUCACAAAAAUGCCGGCAAUGAUGCACUUCUUAGUCAUGAUUUUGUCAAGGCUGUCAACUUGUACACAGAGGGAAUUAAAGUGAAAUGCAAGGAUGAGGAUCUGAAUGCCAAAUUGUACAACAACAGGGCUUCAGCCCACUAUCACCUGGGUAAACUAUCAUUCAUAUUAACUUAACGCAUAGUCGACAUUGCACUUUAUUCCGUACCCAGUAUUCUAUUAUCUAUUCUGCAUUCCGGCCCUUUUACGUAAAGACACUUCUGAAUCUCAAUGCAACGGUUUCUAUUGUCCUAGAUUGUCCUAUUGAUGUUAUCAGGAUGAAGUUUUAUGUGCAUGACUUUUUUAAAGUCUAAGGGAGUAACAGCGGUCGGGAAGGGAGCUUAGUGCCGGAUCUCAUUUGCGUGUUCGUAAAUACCUGAAAUCUGAGUUCCUGAAAACAGUAUGUGCCUUAUAUGUCCCCUGAUAGGUUCAAUUGAUGCAUUCAAUCCACUCUCCCGUUUCGCCAAUAUAUAUCUUGCUGCAUUCGCAAGGAAUCUUAUAAAAUACUCAAUCUUGCUUUCGUGGGGCCAUGGGCACUUAACUGUUCUUUUAUCGCAUAAAGUGUGUUGUCGUGUCGGAUUUGAAAACAGCUCGAGCGUACGCAAGGUUUACAUAUAAAGUAGACGCUCCCUCCUCAGUUAAGAUUUAAUUUAAUUCUAGUGCAGAUUAUUCUCUUUGAUGUGGGUAUAAUAAACUCUUUUUUCAGGAAAUUAUCCAGAUUGUCUAAGUGACGUAAAAGCUGCAGCAGCACUACAGCCGUCUUAUCUCAAGGCGAUUAUCAGAGGUAAAAAUGAAUCUGAGUUGAACACCUGAAUAUUUUCUAAAAUAAUGAUUUCAAACGAUUCGACUUUUUUUCACUAGGAGCGAACACCUGUUUAAAGUUGAAGCGAAUUGAAGAAGCCAUCAACUGGUGUGAUAAAGGACUAGCCGUAUCCUUUCUUUAUCUUGUUCACAGACCUUCUGUAAAGCUGCGGGAGAUUUAUUAAAUUGUAAUGCACUAGACAAAUAACUAGUUCCCUAACGUACGUGUAGACAGGCUACCCUUUCUUAGAAGAGUUAUUACAAAAACCUAGACUUGCCUACAAGUCGAGCUCAAAUUUUUUCACGGGUGCUAAGCGCGAGCGGUAGAUUUUUUUUGUUUUCUGCGGCAAAAGCGAGCGAGAGAGCUAGAGCUCGACUUGUUUCCCUUACAAAAAAUCGCAUCAUUUUGGCGCGAACUGUUUGCGUCCCUGUCGCGUGUGUUGUCGCGUGCGUGUGUCGUAGCAAGCUGUCAAAGUAUGUCAAAACAAACAAACAACGGAAAAAGUCCCGAUAAGAGAAAGUAAAUAAAGGAAAGUUCAAUACAAAAAACGGGUAAUGAACAAAAGUGCCGUCUUGUGAUAUUUGUGAGUUCAGUGUCCAGACGCUUCGGGCUCUUUGCAAGGUUUUCAUAGCGGAGCUCUCGCGUGCAAAGCCCGCGUAGCGGAGCACCAUGGGUAAGAAAAUGUGGUAAACUACCCAUCCGAGAAAAUUUGGUAAUCACGUGACCGUACACGUCCGUCCGUCCGUCCGCACCACAUGUUGUUAUCAAUUGACAAAACAGGAUAUCUGCUGACCAGUAUCACCUGACCGUAUCACGGGCUCAGGUGUCGACCCAUCGAGGUCGAGUAUCUUUUUGAAGUUAUCAGCUGACAAGUUACUAGUUUUCAAAUGAUGGCAGGCUCAAGUUUAAUUUUUUUUAAUUCAUAUGAAAUAUGUUGUGUUUUAUAUGUGCCGCACAAUUAAAAUUUUGUUGUCAAACUCACCUCGGAAGCUAAAAUUCAGCCAGUGUUUACAGGCAGGGAAGACAUGCCGGUUGCUUUUGUCUUUUCUCACUAAGGUCACGCGUUGGUCACGUUCUACGUCCAAUUUUUAUGCUCUGAUUGGUCAAAACACAGGACGAAAUAACGCGUUUCCGUAUUUUGUAAACUCGACGGAAACGGAAAGUUGCUUAUAUCCGUCACGUUUCCGCCCUGCGGAAACAUGGUGAUCUAGUUUUCCAUGGACGGGACGCGUUUCCGUCAUGUUUCCGCGUCGGAAACGAACGAUCAUGUUUCCGCCACAUUUCUGUCAUCACAUUUCCGUUCUUUCUUGUUUCCGUUACGUUUCAGGUGACGAAUUUUUUCUUUUUCUUUUUUUUAACCCAUGUCCAAGAUCGCAUUAUCAAUGUUUCGUAAACUUUGCCUUGGCGUACAAUCAAGGUAAAUAAAGGUAAAUUUAGUCUCGAGAUUAAAUGAUUAAAUGAUGCAUUACUCGCGUGCGUUGCAUUGAUGCAAAGACUGUGAAGUGUGCGAGGUUGCCAUUGCUUUCCAUUCUAAGUGAUAAAAAUCGCAGAGCUUACCAACAGCUUUCAAUAUUUGCCAGAUUGAUGUCAAUCAGUACUAGUACUUGCGUAAAACUAAAAUGCUCUUAGACGGAGAAAACAAGAGAGAAAACGAGAGAGAAUGGGGCCUAGAACAGAGCGGAGUGCUGGUCAGCGGACUUUUCCUUUGCUCAUGCUCAUUGCUAUCAUUCUUUUUGGCGUCCAUUUUGAAAGUGAUUGCAACGGCUUCAAAUUUGCCAGCUUCUGUAGUUUCUAGGAGCGUGGAAUCGGUAUAUUUUUGCUUUCUGAUGAUACCACAAGACAUCUAAGGGUUGUUUUGUAUAUUUAACGACCCAUCGGCCUUCAGUAAUCGAUCGCUUCCCUCGUAAAGCGACUCUUUUCCGACACAGUGGAGCAGAAUGUGAGACAAAAACCUCGUGAUGCGCAAGUAUAAUUUGAAAGUUGGAGUGUUUUACCGUGCUAAGGCUAUCCAAGGCGGAGGAUUGUGAUGGAAUACAGAUAGUAAGACGAGGUAAGCUUAACAGUUUUCCAUAUUUCAUUUUUGUGGUCUGUAGCAUUUGAGAUAAUGCUUGGGAGACAUAUUUGUUGACACAAAGCUGUGAUUGACAAGUACAGUAAUUUCCCGAGCAGGAAACUGCAACAUAAUGAACCUGAAUCCUCUUACUAAACAGGGCAAGGCGCUGCACUGUGAGGUCUGUGAAAUGAUUGUAGAAAAAUGGUUAGAGGGUUCCAGUGAUUUUGUUACAAAUAGUAUAUGGUGAGUCCUGGGACUCAUCUUGUGAAUAGUCAAGAGUUCUGGCUUGUCCACAUGCAUAACCAGUGAGUCCCAGUUAAAAAACAGGGAGUGCUUAAUUGAGAAUGCUUGGUAUGGGCCUUUUAACCACACAGUUAAUCUGGAGACAGAUGCCAAAACUCCUUAUGACAGUUUACUAAAAUCAAAAUAUAGUCCUAUAUAUUUAAAGCACAAAAAGCCUGAAAUAAAUAUACGUCUUUAAACAACAGCUACAGAAAUCACACAAACAGGAUAUUCUACCAACAAAUCUUCAAAUCGAUCGAUCAUCCUUUGCCUCCUACGGGAUGCAUGCCAUGAAUUAUUUUGGGUCUUUGGAUAAUUUUUUUGUGUGAGGGACACAAGACGCAGAGGUAACAAAAUCACUGGGGUUCGAAACCAUUCCAAAUAGUGCACCAGUUUAAUUUACUGAGAAGGACGGUAACAAAUAUUGUUGAUCGUUUCAUAUGUCCAGGAAGCCCCUACACAGAGUUUUUUAAACAGCGACAACCAAGUAUGUAUGCUACGGAAAUACAAAAACAUUUAAUCGAAAAUCAGGUUGUUGACCCGCAAAGGUUCGAUAAGUCAUGUAUUGACACGUGAUUUUGGUUACUCGUGCAACGAGUUGACAAUAGUUCCAAAAGAGAGCUUAAUCUAAUAAUGUAAUAAUGCUUGACUGAGAACGCUCAAGGAAAAGUUGAAGAAUAUAUUUUUUUUCAGUAACUGUGAUCCCAGGAAUAGGUACUUCUUUGACGUUAACUCGGUGAUUAAAACAACUGAGAAGAGAAGUUACUGUUGAGCAAACUUGUGAAGCUCAGUCGCACCAAAGUUGACAACUAUGUCUUGAAGUUCGCAAUUUGAUUCCCUCACUUGCUAAGUAAUUGGCUACUUCAUGAUGUAGUACCCAAUUUUCCAACGAACUUUGCAACAUGGUGUGGUAAAUAAUGUGAAAUUGACUGUAACAGAGUGAUCCAGACAAUACUAAAUAUUGUGACACAGCUCCUUGAAGUCUUCAUUUCAGUGGACAGCAAAACCAGCAGUGGAGUUAAACUAGUAAAACCACUUUUAUUUAUCCUGUAUUACUCUGCAGUUCUAUGCAAGCAUCAUAUUGACCAGGGGGAAGGGGUUACUCCUUAAAUAUGUUCUCUUGAAAUCCAAACAAUGUUCCCACAACUUGCAAAGCAACCAGCAGAUUUGUUUACUGAUCAUUCUUUGAAUAACCAAAGAUUGGUGGUUUUGAGAUAAAAACUGAAAAAGGGAAAUUGAAGGUGGGACAAUUUCUCUUUAUUGUAGUUUGGUUAUUCACAAGUGCAUUGAUAUAAUGCCGCUUUUCAGACAACAUAUUACGGCACAAGGACACAUCAUUGGCAAUAUAGACAAAGUGAACAACAGUUUACUACGCAACUGUGACACAGGCACUUUAAAGUCAUUUCAAUUAUAAUUCAAGGAACUGAGCUUUCAGGAAUAGUUUUGCUUUGUUUACUAGGUUUGUUGAAUUUUAACUUUGAAUUUAGCCUGCGUAGCAAGCGUUUCCUCGCGAGGUUCGUCUAGAAAGCUGGGACAAGAGCAAAAAAAAAUUAAUGAUGGCGGAGGGGGAGGGAAACGAAGGAACCGCUUGCCCGCAAACCCCACGAUUUUGAAAAACUGCGUUCGCCAAUGAACGCAGCUUCUGAUUGGCACGGUGCGGGUAGUGUUGAUUACUUAGCAUUCGAAACAUCAAUCAAACCAGGUAUGCUUUGUUUUCGUGCGUCACAGAUCUGGUCUCAUCUGAUUUGUGGUCACAGAUUACAAAUGCUUUGGACUGAUAUUUAUUGGAAUCAUGUUUGUGCGACGGUUUAUGAGAUCAGAGUCUUCAAAGUAUAAUUGGAGAUCGAGCAGUGGAGACUAGGGAAGGCCAAUUUAUUGAGAAUGAUGGCGUGCGGAUCUGACUGGAAAAAAUGGACUGUUUGUUGGAGAUAACAUCAACAUAAAUCGGAACAUCGGUACUCGACAUUAGCUAAAGCCGCCAUGAGCAAGCGAUUUGCCAGCUUUUUGAAAUGAAAAGAUUCUUUUUGUUUAUUGGAAAUUUAGCGGCAUCUAUUGUAUAGAACGUUUCGACACAGGAUGAAGAGCAGCCGCUCUGCAAAACUUAUACCCGGCGGAGUGAAUUGUUCCGGACAAAUCAUUUUUGACGUGUCGACAAGGUUUCAGCCGAGAUAGAGCCACACAAUAAAAAACAAGAAAUUCUGCAGCAAUCGCUCAUAGUUUUAACCUUCUUUUAUCGUAAAUCUUUUUUAUUACAGUUCUUGCAAUCGCCUGGAACGUGUUCUAUUAGAGAACAAAGUAAUUUUACAAAUCUGGUAAUCCAGGGGUAAUCUGUUCGUUAUGUUUCUAUUUCGACGAGCUGUCAAUUUACAAAUGAACCGAACCGUGAAAUAUCAAGGGGCGUUUUCCAGAAUCGUCUGGUUUGCGGGCAAGCGUUUCCUCUUCUCCCCUCCCCCUCCCCCUUCAACCUUUUUUUUGCUUCCGCUCUAACUUUCGCACAAUAACUCGAUUGGAAACGCUUGCAACGCAGGCUACUUUUAAUUUAAGUUGUUGAACUGACUGUAAUAAACAGAGUGAAAUUUUGAGAAGUGAAUUUGUUUAUUCAGAAUUAUAAGCUCAUAUUUAUAAGCUCUAUAGAAUAGUAGACUUAGUUUGACUAAAUUUGACACUUUCUCCAGUGUUUUUUAUCAACAUCAUAACCAUAGUAAUCUCAUAUCCACACUCUUAGCUCAGCGUAUAUUGUUGUCAGUUAAGAUGUUACAUGGUUGCAGUGACUGUCACAUGUUUUUUAGUUUCCCUUGCAACUUCAAUACCAAGAAACAAUAAUAUUACAACAUAUUAGAAAAACAAAGAGGCAUGAUAUUUUUGUCAAUUAUUGACUUAUUUUCUCUGUUGGUUCGCCUCUCACUGCUAAAAUAUUUACUUUACGAAAUACAUGUACAUGUAUAUCAAGCAUAUCACAUUGAAUGUUUGGCUUUCAAACUAGAUCAGACUCUUUCAAAUGAAAGAGUUAAUGAUGCAGCUCAGCCAUUCAACAAAACCCACUCACAAAAAAAGAUUGAAUAGAUCAUUUGAUUUUUGAAGUCAGUCAAACAUUGAGUUGGGUCAUCGAACAAAGUGGAACUCACAUAAGGAACACUCGAAUGGAACAAAAUCAAACGUUUCAGUUCCAAGCAGUUGAUGGCAAGUGUGUUAAUUAUUGAUCUAGUGUGAAAGCAGUCAAGGCGAUGUAUUAGAUCCUGCUUCUUUUAUUAUUUCCAUUUCAGAGUUAAAUUCUAAAAUAAACAUUUUCUGUGAAAAUGUCAAUACAUUUAUUUUGUUUACCAAGGAAAAAGUCUUUAAAUCUGCAAGUUGAAAUCACCUUGGGAAUCAUCUCAGUUAUUACUCUUCACUCCUUAAUUGGCCUCAAUUGUAGCAUAUUCUGAAUCCAGCACUUGUCAGAUUUCCCUGGCUUGUUGAGUUGACUCAGUUUUCACAUUUGAUUUUUUUUCAAUAUAAUUUGGUUUGUUUUGAUUUUGUUCAGGCAUCAAACUCUCCAGAAAGCUGGUUUGACAUUGUUUGAUGGCCAAACUGUUUUGUUCGGGCGAGUUUGAUGGGAAUUUUGUCUUGCAUAAUACAUUGUACACCGGAAGUAUACAUUUACUGCAGUAAAUUAUCUGCUGCCCACCAGGGUUAUCGCUUUACAAGUUGCGAGAACAUCAUUUCCUGCACCCAGACCUUGUAACUUUCCCCUGCCUCCCCUGGUAUUGACCCUGUACGUGUAGAUGAUAAUGUGCAACCUGAGGGAGGUUGUGCCCUUGAAAAGUAGGCUUUUGGUUACUGGUACUGGUAAUCACAGACAGCCUCUGUUUACAUUUACAUGUACAUGUAACCCCUGGUCUAUAGUCUUAACGUUUCAGGUUGCGGGCAACAUAAUGUACUAGCUAUUAAUAUGAAACACAACUGUAUGCAUGUAAAUGUAAUGUGAUGAAUCAGGGUUGUCAGAAAGUUUUGAAGUAGACAGCUGAGUUGUCAAAAUAAGCGGCGAGUAAAUUAUAUGUAUAUUACUCAUUUAGCAUGUUUUAUUCGUAUGAGAAUAUCUACAUUAGUAAGGUUGUCUUACUGCUAAAAGGUUUUCCGUCCCCCGAUAGCCUGAGGAAUAGCUUCUGUGUUUUACUUAUUAGCACUUUGUUUUGUUUUUCAUACAACAGGCUGAUCACCUUGGUAUGUGAUGUUGGUGCAGAACGUUCUCUCAAAGCAAGCAGGCUGGAUCAUGGAACUUAAUUUCAGUCUCAAGUUACUGUGCUUUAUGCUUAGUCAAGUUCUGCAAAUGUUAAUCUUGAAAUACUACUUCCAGGGUUGUCACUAAGAUUUCAAGUUGCCGGGUAAACACAACAAGUAGGCAGGGAAUCAAACGGCUAGGGAUUUCUUUUGGUUCUAUUUUUCUUCUAUUUUCCAAUAAAAGUAGCUGGGGGCCACUCUAUUAGUAGCCGGGGAAAAUCCCCGGCCCCCAGCUCUUAAUGACAACCCUGCUAUUCUAUGCUAAAGACAAAAAAUGUCCAACUGCUACCUCGAGUGGGCAAGAUGAAGCAAACCUUGCAUUCUAAUUGGCUACCCAAGGGGGCAAGGUGAGCCCAUUUUGCCCACUUGGGAUUUCCUGCGUUGGUCCCGCAAGUAAAAUUUCUCUUCUUGGCCAUGUAAUAAUUUUCAUUUAUUGACCAAGCUUGUUCAUUCAAGAUGACUGAAUAUUGACCUCAUUCAUUUUUGCAUUUUUAUUGACCAAGUCCAGGCUGUGCUCUGUGGCCCGUUGCACCUACAUCUGUAACUUUUGUUCUCAGGCGACUAGAAAAUCUUUGCUUUUUCAUAGAAAUCAUUUGCUGGGCACACUGGAUUUCACAAGUUCAGAGUGCUGGGCUGCCUUCAAUUUUUCUUAGAGCACAGCCUUGCAAAGGAAGGCAGGGUCAAUAAAGACGCAAAUAUCCAGCCAUCUUAACCUCACCUUUGUUUGUUGAUGUAUUUUUUUGCAUUUGAAUCUUUGCACUGGUCAAAGAAAAUUGUGUAGUUUAGACCACCAUGUCAGAAGAGUAAGAAUAUUUCCUGACACCAUAAUUAUAAUAUUAUACUGAAGCAAAAUGGUCAUAUGAGUAAGUGGUAUAUGAUCGUACAGGUUAGUAUAGUACUUAGUGGGACUGUUGACAGGAACUGAUGUUUUGACAAUGCCCAUGAAAAUGAUGAUCACCUUGUUGUCAAAACGUUAGCCGCUGUCAACAACAGUCCUACGCAGGACUACAAUGUAUAUUCACCCGACAAAUCAUAUUCCACUUUGUUGAAAUAUUAUAGACAGCCAAACAUAUCACUAGCCAUAAACUGCACAUGAAAGUGUUUAUCACUAUCUGCUAUAAAGGGUAUUAAUUUGUUAACAGAUUUGACAUUUUCUUUACCAAAAAAAAAAAACUACGUAGUCCUACAGAAAAUUUCUAGUGGAUUUCCUAAAGGAAGCCUCUUACUAUUCCUGUUCAUUGCUAGUGUGAAUAGGCACUCACAUUUAAAAUGUAAUUUAACUUAACGAAUGUAAUGAAUAAAUACCAUAAGAAGACCUGAUUGUCAGUUUAGGAAGCAAGAAGAAUAAAGAAAGUACUUGGAAAGAUUGCUGUGGUAUUAUUUUGUGCAAUAAAAAUGUCGAGAGAAUGGGUUUUUGUAACUAUAGAUGGCGGAAAACCACCCCAAGAUGGUGAAAAGCGCUUUUUUCACGAAGGAAAUAACUUGAAAACACCAGUUUCCGACUCGUAAACUCGUGUUUCCGCAAUAGUUACAUCCGAUUACGUUGACGGAAACAUGAAAUUGACUUGUUUCCGUAACGUAUUCGCGUGUUUCCGCAAGGAUGCCACGCAUUUACGCUUGCGGAAACACGUGUUUGCUUUUACGGAAAUUUGACGGAAAGGUAGAAAAAAGUGGUACGAUUCCGCCGAAACCGCAGCGACGGAAACACUGGUAAACGUAAUGUAUCCGCUAACGGAAACAUGUGAUUACCGCCAUGUUUCCGCAACGGUUUUACGUGUUUACGUUAAGUUUCCAUUUAUUGGUCAAAAUUUGACAGGUGAGUUCAUGCGGAAAAUGUAUGCAGCAUCUUGAAACUUGUUUACCUAGAACAGCUGAAGCUGACAGAGUUUUGUGUCGACUUGUUAUGUUUUCUGAACUGUCUUUUUCCACUAAAUGUACAAAAUGAAAUUCAGCUGCUAUCAAGAGUCUUCUGUUAUUCAUGGCUAGUUUGUUUAUUGGGGUUUUGGUUGAGAACUACGUCACUUGUGAAAGUCGGAAAUCUGAUUUCGGAAUGGCAUCGUUUUCGUUUUUCACCUUGCUUGACGCGUAAGAGGGUUGAGAAGUCUGAAGCGAUUCUGGCCUUACUUGAUACUAGUUUUCAGUGCAUCUCGAGUGGUAAUCACGUUUGAUUGGUUGCGUUGCGAGGCAAAUUGUCAGAUGUUGUUAGGUUGGGGAUGAUAGCGUUCUGUCGGAGAAAAGGCGCGUUACAGAAUGUAAACAAGCUUAAACAUGUUGACCGUAAGCAAGAGCGGUCGCUGUUAUGUCCCAGGAAAACCUUUAUCCUCUGACCUAAGACAUAUCAUCGAUAAAAUCAUUGACGGAGGAGGUAACCUCCUAACAAUGAUAUUUCCCGGUCGAUUUGUAAAUUUAGUGAGCGUCGAACAUGCGUGCGUGUUAGCUCGUGAUCCUCUGCUCCCGUCUCAGCCAUGUAUUCUACUCUGUGAAUACCAGUAUCUACGGCUGGCGAAGCGAAUCAAAGACUCUUAUUCUGAUGCUCUUAGCUCCUUUGUCUAACAAACCGUUCGUCUGCAAGCUGAAAUACUUUCUCGACAAAUCUACCGCGUCGACAGUUUCAUCUUCCUUUACUGUAAGUCGCAAUAAAUUCAUCCUUCAGAGAUGGCGCACCUCGUUCACAAUGCGGUCUACGAAACUUGCUGUAUUCCAGGCUCAUAAGCUCUUCUUCGACAAUAUAUACUGGAGUUAUUCUUUUUGUAGAAUAGUAGGAGUAUUCUAUCUUGAUUUCAAUCGCCAUGACACACAGAUCGAUAAGACAACGCGCCGUUUCCCAGACAGAACUAUAUCAUCCCUGCCUAGCAACGCAACGAAAUCAGUCCACCGUGAUAACGAAUGCGAUAACUGACGUCAUUAAACGCUCAACCUGAAUCCGCAGUAGUUUAUGCACGUUUGUAAGAUUUGAGACAAUGAUCUGACCGAGUAUCAGGUUUCAUCAUAAGCUUAUAGAACUUUAAAAAGCCUUUAGACAUUUUCUCACCGCAAAUAGAAAGAAAACGUUGGAAUAUUUAGUUAUAAUUGUGGCUGUAAAAGAAAGAUUUGAGCGAUUUUCACUUAGACUUGUCUUCCGGAAUGAAAAUUGUUGUCUUGGUACAUGUAUAUGUUUCACCGAAUUAUUUUCCUUUUAUUGUUUGUUAGUAGUCUCUUUUACAAUUUUAAUCGUUGUGCCGUUUGUUUUCAGCCGCCCAUGAACAUUGCUUGCAGGAGUAGUCAAAAUGCCGCGCGUAUCUGACCUGAGAUCAGGCCCAAUUUUAGCGGUUCUCAUACAUUCUCUACCUUCUACGCCAACAGAAAUAACCUUCGAGAUCUCCCUUAAUCUCGCAAGAAGUUAAAUGUGAUUGUGCUGACUGUUUUAUUUUUAACUGAAAAUAUUAACAGAAAAAAGCUAUUUUUUAAAACAGCCAGUGCGCAUUUUUCCCACGCAUGAAAAAUUUGCAUACUAGAAAAACAAGCAACGGAAGUAAUUUUGGUUGGGUCAUUCGGCAAAUGUCAAUCAAUAAAAAAAGUGUGCUGCAGACGUUUCGUAGAAAGUUUGUAUCAGGCUCUCUUUUCGUUUCGCCUUUCCCGCCGGAAUGUAAUUUUCAAAGCGAAACGAAAAUAGAGCCUGAUCUCAGGUUACGCGUAACAAGAAACGCUUUUGAAGAUUACACAUCGUUAUAAAAACAUUAAAUAAAAAAUAAAUAAAUUCUUUAUUAUGUUGAAGCGUAUAACUCUAUUAAUCUAAAUUUAAACAGUCGACUUUGGCGCUUGUCAAAAGUGAGAACCGGCUACCCGUAAAGGUGAUUUUGGAAAUUUUUUUAACGGUUUCGCUAAAAGCCCACGCGUGCUUCGAUCGUCCUGAAUAUUGAAUGAGUGCAAUUUGUAUUGCAAAAUUGUGAAAUACGCAUUCUGUCCAAGGUCUGUAUGAUAAAAACAGCGCUUCCUGGUACUGUUUCACCUCAGAUGUGAUGUAUAAAAAGUAUAAAAGGUUUGUUUACACGUCCCCAGACUUUUUCGCAAGAUUUUGUUAAGUAAACUUAUCGAACGCAAAAAAUUCAGCCUGAUUUGUUUUCCAAGAAUUUGUUUUCCAGGCCUAACCUACAGUGAUCAAGAGCCAUUAUGGCUAUGCUAUUUUUUGUGUGUACAUAUAAGGCUAUCAACUCGAUGUAAGAUUAAGCUCACUCUUAGCUUGGACUGUUUGCUAAUUAUUUUUCUCUAAAAUCACUUAGCCUUUCCCUCAAAAGUCACAUCAAUGUGCUCUAAAGUUAACUGAUUUGUGGAAAGUGUGGUCUAUUGCUUAAUUAAAUUAUAAAUUCGAGUUAAUAGGAGCUUUGCUUUUAGCCUUAGCUAAAUCUAUAUAUUACCUAACUUUAGUUAGUGCUUUCGCUCCACAUUGCGGUCACACGACACAGGUAACAACGGUUAGUUUUAAUUAGCCUAUGUAAAUUUUUUGUUUGUUGUUUUUGGUUCGCUUCACGCUGGGUUUUUAUUUUGCAUAUUUAUAUAUGCUCAUCUCGCACGUGCGAAAAGAAGUGUCACAUUCUGAUUGGUUGGUUGUUUGUAAACUUAAGACUAACCCACGAACCCUGCUUGGGUAUAACUAUAGUUAGUCUGUAUUGUUUUGAGUCACCGAGGCGUAAAUUUCUAACUAUAGUUAGAGCGAACAGAGAAGCGGUCACAUUACCAAAAUAGCUAACUAUAGUUACCCCCAUCUUAACUAUAGUUAGUAGCCCAGAUGUGACCGCAGCCAAUGAAAGUUCAAACUGUGAGGUUUUGACAAGGUUUUUGAGAAACGUUUUGUGGCGUCCUCAAGGGAGUUUGCUUUGUAUUUUUUGGUUUCUUUGUUCAGUUGUUUUGACCAUUUUAUCGGCGUGUUUUGUUAUUUAGUAGGUCGGUCCAUACUUUCAUGGUGUUCAUGGACAGCGACGAAGAGCUUUUUCUGACACAAAAUUGUUUUCCCAAGAAGUAUUGGAACAUAAUUAUUUUAGCAUAGGUUCUAUUAUCGGUCAGGUAGGAAAUGAUCUCGAGUCUGAUCCACAAAAUUCUCUCCAGGAAGAUUACAAGGCAAUAGUAUCCGAGGGAAACAUCAAGGAAGGACAGACGUCAGAUCCACGGAAAACUUCAGCAGACCGUAGAAUGAUUGCUAUCGUUGACGAUGAAGAAUUUGAUCGAAAUUUGAAGAGAGGGAGACACCCCAAAUACCGCAAAAUACGCAAUUAAACACAUUGUGGGCAGUCCUUGUGUACUCUGCCGAGAAGGGCGUAAAGAGAAGGAUGUAAAAAAUUCAACGCUUAAUAAGAGAGCUUUUAUCUGUAUUUCAACGUGGGCAUUGCGUGGAAAAUAUUUUUUUGGCCUGCAAUUGUGCCGGUCAUGACUCGUAUAAUUAGAAAAACGAAGAGCUCUAAUUUCAAAUGAAGAGAAUAAGUGAACUGUUCAAUUCUUCAGGCGAAACCUGCUGCAUAAAACUCUUGCAUAAAACAUUUGAUUGGAAAUGUAAACGGAUUACGAGAUCAAAAUUCUGUGAAAGCCAAAAACCACAGGAGAUCGAUCUACACGAAACAGACCAGCUUCACGACUAAGACGAAAGGACAUGUGUUAGAAUCCUCCAAAGUAUUAUAUACUCGUUAUGAAAAAGAGUACUAACAACCGACUCUUCAGCUAGAUAUUCUAGUUAGAGCCGUGCUAUAAAGACCCAUAAAGGCUGAGAAUAACCGCGUACGUGCUUUGCAAGAGUCUUGUUGGUCCGUCAACACUUUUUCAACUGUCAGAGAAAAAAACAAUAAUAAUUAAUUUAUGCAAAUGUUUACCGGUACACGAUUAACGUGGGCGAUCCACAGACGUCUCUCUCCCCAAUUUUUUUAUUUGAGCGGAGGGGGGCGUUUGUAUACAGGUUAAGAACAUGAACAAAAGAUUCCAUCCAAGGGAGAGGUCAUACUUUUGUGUUCAUUUUGCUUCGUUACACUCAUUCUCAGUAUUAUUUACACCUUUAUAAAUUAAAAAGAUUGACAAGGAAAACACCACUUUGUUGAAACUGAGGAAACAGCUGGCUGCAGACAAAGCGAAGUGUAUUUCAGGAAAUGGCGACUCAGACGACAAGGUAUUUUGUUUAGUUGUUGCUAUAUAUAAGAAGCAUUUUGCCUUGAUACGGCGAUCGAAAUACAGUGGAACCUAUAUUCAGGGGACAUCUUCGGGACCAAGGCAAGUGUCCCCUGAAUGGAGGUUGGGCUGGGGUUUGAUAAUAAUUAACCAAAAAAAAUAAAAUACUGCUCGGAAUCUGCUACAUUCAUUAUUUCAAGGAGCUUAAUAAUGUUUAAAAAAUAUGAUUAACUCAUCUGUGCGACGUUUGGUGUUGAAUUCCCACAAGUACAGUACAUCGAUUUAAUGUAGAUAGUUCAAGUUUGGAAAGCUGGCACCAUUGUAACUAGUGUAUGCUUAAACUUAGCAACGAUUUUAGUGGUCGGUCACUUUAUGAGUGCUAAGGUGUCCCCUGAACGAAGGUUAAACCUGGGUUUCAGGACCCAGAAAAAGUGUCCCUUUGCCCUGAAUAGAGGUGUCCCUUCAAUACAGGUAACAAAUACAAGGAUUAUGUGAACAUUUUUCCGGGACCAAAUUUUGUGUCCCCUCAAUGGCUGUGUCCCUUGAAUUGAGGUGUCCCAAAGGAGGGGUUCCAAUGUAGUCUGUCAUAUUACAGAACAUGUUGCCUCCCAAUUCGUGGUUUAUGGCGGUAGUUAUUUUCUGAGAAUAUCUUUUUGUCUACGACAACGGUCACCUUGCGGGAAGAGGCAAGUGGCUGUUAUGAGGAGGCAGGGAUUAUAUGCCACUAUUUUUUCCGGGGGAGGGUAAACAUUGGCAAAAUAAAAACAAACAUAACGUAAUGUGGCUUUUUCAUGCGUAACACCCUAGAAAUAUGUCAAUAAAACUGAAACCAAAUGUUGAGAAUAGAAAACAAUAUCAAAAUAAUGUCAGUAAGGUAGAGUGAGUUAGUCAGUUUAAACUUGUGGUGAUUGUACUGUUUUUAACAAUUAGUUUUUUCCUUUCUACAAAUUAUGUCUGACAGUUUUGAAAUUUAUGCAUUUUGUAAUCUUUUUUUUUUUACAUUAUCUUCGCUUCGUACUUGAAAGUUAAUUGUGUUUUUUUGUAAUCAUGGGUUUGUUAAUAAAAUGGAACCUGUGUUAAUUGGACGCCCACAGUGACCUCUCUAGAUGUCGAGUUUUUCUUAAUAACACAUGUUCGUUCUACAGAAAAUUUGGAAGGAAAAUUUUGGGACUUGCUGUCACUUGAGAUCUCUUAGUACAGGGUCAUCGUGCUGUAUCCAUUAUUUGCGCUUUUAAAAACUGUCCUUGGCCUUUGCUAUGCUUUUUAAUAUGCUCCUUUCUCUGGUUCCAUAUAUUAGUUGCUUGCGUAAUGACUGUCUUAACGAUACUACAUGCCGCACUGUGUGGCACGACGACAUUCUUUGGCAAGAACUCCCAGAAUCCUUUAAGACUUAGUUUUUUUAUCCUUUCCUGUGCAAAUUAAAGUUUUUGUUAUUGAAACCUAACUGAGAUUAUUUGAUUUAAACAAGAAAGGAAACACGAAAUGAAGUCUGGUGGUUGUAGCCAAAAGACAUCCAGGCGCGUAGCUGGGGUUUGAUAAGGGGUGUUCGUACUGAUACGAAUAUUUAUUAACAGCGGGAAAUACUGCUAGCGCCAAAGGCGCGAGCCUCUGAGGGUUUCUUGGGGCUAAUUGCUCCCUCAGAAAAUGUUGAAAUCUAGAAACUUGGAAAUGCUAUUUUCAGUAGUCUCCAAGUGAAUAUUUCAAACUCGAUCAAGUCUAAAAUAACAGGUUUUUUUUAGUCAUAACAACAAUAUUUCCGUUUGACUUGGAACAUUCAUACAUAGUGAACAUACCGGCUAAGUACGUACACGAAACGUUUUACAAAACUCGACGAAUUUCAUUUGUACUCAAACUCCUAACACUUUUUAUUUGUGCUCAUAAGGCUUUCCCGAUACUGUUAACGUUUUCGUACAGGGUAAUUUCAACUGAGCUAAAACACUCAAAGUUUGCUUUCCAUUCCUCCUCUGUUUGCUAAAAGCUGAAAAUUAACAGCUUGUGUUUUUAGUCCUCCAUCAUUGACCUGCAAAGGGGGUUCGAUUCGAACCCGUCGAGCCCCCCCCCUCCUUCUACACGCCUGACAUCUCCGUGGAAAUUUGAAAUUUGAUAAUAGCUUACCAACAGGAAAAAAGUGAAGUUAUGCCAUGGGCUCUUGGUUAUUCUAAGAUUUGCAAGUACGUUUUCAAAGAAACGGGUACAAAGUGGACUGUAUUUACCUCAUAUGUGAUUUUACUUCUCCUUGAUAAAGCUUUAAGGAGGGUCUCAAUGGGAUGGUGCCAUUUACGGUUAUCGGCUAAAAUUGUGGCUCUUUUACGGCUAUCGGUUAAUUUUUUCAGUUACGGUUAACUACAAAGUUAAAAAUUAAUUUCUUUGUUUCAAAGAGUUAAAUAUUAGUAAACCUGUAUUUUUUGUAUCUUUAAAGCAAAAUAAAUGUCUUAGGAUUAUCUCGGAAUGAAAUAAGUUAUUCUUCUGAAAAUUUUUAAUAUUUCAUAAAUCAUGCUUUUAGAGUAUUCCACUUCUAAUAUCAUUUUAAGCAUAGAAAUGUUAACUAUGAAAACGUUUGUCAUCUUUUGCAUCUUGGCGUGAUUUCCUUUUCUUCAGGGGCUACUGAUUCGUUCUUCGCGUCGCUUGGUAUUUGCUACCCUCUUCUCUUUUUACUACCACUAUAGGGUCCUUACCCCACUGAAGAACAGAUUGUACAACAUGAACUAAACUGCGGCAAAGAUCUUCAAAGCCGCGUACUUCUCAGCUUGGCUCUGACACUUGUAAAUGUGAGAGUCACAGAAAUGUCCGAGUCUCAAUCUGUAUGCUUGUUUGAAAAGACAUUUCUUUGCUAUUUUGAGGAGAUUUGCGAACGCGAUGCUCGAGAACCCUCUUCACGCUAGCGGUCAAUAAAACUUGCGCCAUUUACAUUUCUUAUGCGCGCCUGACGAUCUUUGAAAAUAAAAUAACAGGUUUAACAACAGGCUACAAAAAAUAAUAGAAGUUGAGCAACCUUACAAGGAAUUAACCGCCGUAAGACUAAUAACUUUUUGAAGAAAAUUUAGCUAGAGAAUAGCAUUAAUAGAAAUUUCGAGUCUGAAGUCUUAUUCAAUGCAGCUUGGAAGGAAUAAAGACUGGAAGCUUGUAUAAACCCGACCGCAUAGCGUUUCAGUCGAAAACUGAAAGCGAUUAAAAAAAAACGAGUUUUCUUCUGUUUUUAGUCUUUCAGGAAAGAUGAGGAGAAACAAGGACUAAACGACAAAACCUCCAGUUAUAGCCUCGGAGUUGCAGCUUAUGAACGCUGUGAUUUCACAAGUGCCCGAAAUUACUUCGAGUUAGAAUUGAAUGAAGCCAAACGGGCGGGAGACACGUAUAGAGAAGGUGCAGCAUAUAGCGGCCUUGGCAAUGCGUAUUACUAUCUCGGUGAUUAUAGAAAAGCAAUCGAAUUUCAUCAGCAGUCUCUUAGUAUCGCAAAAGAGAUUGGAAACAAAGGUGCAGAAGGUGCAGCAUAUAGCGACCUUGGCAUUGCGUAUGAUUGUCUCCGUGAUUAUAAAAAAGCAAUCGAAUUUAAUCAGCAGUCUCUUAGUAUCGCAAAAGAGAUUGGAGACAAAGGUACAGAAGGUACAGCAUAUAACAACCUUGGCAAUGCGUAUUACUAUCUCGAUGAUUAUAGAAAAGCAAUCGAAUUUCAUCAGCAGUCUCUUAGUAUCGCAAAAGAGAUUGGAAACAAAGGUGCAGAAGGUGCAGCAUAUAGCGACCUUGGCAUUGCGUAUGAUUGUCUCCGUGAUUAUAAAAAAGCAAUCGAAUUUCAUCAGCAGUCUCUUAGUAUUGCAAAAGAGAUUGGAAACAAAGGUACAGAAGGUAUGGCAUAUAACAACCUUGGCACUGCGUAUGGCUGUCUUGGUGAUCAUAAAAGAGCAAUCGAAUUUAAUCAGCAGUCUCUUAGUAUCGCAAAAGAGAUUGGAAACAAAGGUACAGAAGGUAUGGCAUAUAACAACCUUGGCACUGCGUAUGGCUGUCUUGGUGAUCAUAAGAAAGCAAUCGAAUUUAAUCAGCAGUCUCUUAGUAUCGCAAAAGAGAUUGGAGACAAAGGUUCAGAAGGUAAAGCAUAUAACAACCUUGGCAAUGCGUAUCACUCUCUCAGUGAUUAUAAAAAAGCAAUCGAAUUUCAUCAGCAGUCUCUUAGUAUCGCAAAAGAGAUUGGAGACAAAGGUUCAGAAGGUAAAGCAUAUAACAACCUUGGCAAUGCGUAUGGCUGUCUUGGUGAUCAUAAGAAAGCAAUCGAAUUUAAUCAGCAGUCUCUUAGUAUCGCAAAAGAGAUAGGAGACAAAGGUUCAGAAGGUAAAGCAUAUAACAACCUUGGCUGUGCGUAUUACUCUCUCAGUGAUUAUAAAAAAGCAAUCGAAUUUCAUCAGCAGUCUCUUAGUAUCGCAAAAGAGAUAGGAGACAAAAGUUCAGAAGGUAAAGCAUAUAGCGGCGUUGGCAGUGCGUAUCACUUUCUCGGUGAUUAUAAAGAUGCAAUGGAAUUUUGUCAGAAGUCUCUUAGUAUUGCAAAAGAAAUUGAAGAGAAAGGUUCAGAAGGUACAGCAUAUGGCAACCUUGGCUGUGCGUAUAAAUCUCUCGGUGAUUAUAGAAAGGCAAUCGAAUUUUAUCAGCAGUCUCUUUGUAUCGCAAAAGAGAUUGGAGACAAAGUCACAGAAGGUGCAGCAUAUGCCAACCUUGGCAGUGCGUAUCGCUAUCUCGAUGAUUAUAAAAAGGCAAUCGAAUUUCAUCAGCAGUCUCUUAGUAUCGCAAAAGAGAUUGGAGACAAAGUCACAGAAGGUGCAGCAUAUACCAACCUUGGCCUUGCGUAUCGCUCUCUCGGUGAUUAUAAAAAGGCAAUAGAAUUUCAUCAGAAGUCUCUUAGUAUCGCAAAAGAGAUUGGAGACAAAGGUUCACAAGGUACAGCAUAUGGCGACCUUGGCAGUGCGUAUGACUGUCUCGGUGAUUAUGAAAAGGCAAUCGAAUUUUAUCAGCAGUCUCUUAGUAUCACAAAAGAGAUUGGACAAAAAGGUUCACAAGGUGCAACAUAUGCCAACCUUGGCUGUGCGUAUGACUGUCUCGGUGAUCAUAAAAAGGCAAUCGAAUUUUAUCAGCAGUCUCUUAGUAUCACAAAAGAGACUGGACAAAAAGGUUCACAAGGUGCAACAUAUGCCAACCUUGGCCUUGCGUAUCACCAUCUCGGUGAUUAUAAAAGAGCAAUCGAAUUUCAUCAGCAGUCUCUUAGUAUCGCAAAAGAGAUAAGACAAAAAAGUUUAGAACAAACGGCACACGACAAUCUUGGUCUUAGUUUUGAAAAGCUUCAUGAUUUCCGUCAGGCUGAAGAGUGUUAUGAAUCCAGUAUAAAAGUGUUUGAGGAGAUAAGGUUCCUUCUUCAAGAGAAAGACGAAUGGAAAAUCAGCUUUCGGGAUCAAUUAAAGGCGUACAGUAAUUUGUGGAUUGUUCAGUUACGACAAAGCAAGACCAAAGAGGCCCUUUUAACAGCCGAGCGGGGACGAGCGCAAGCUCUCGCUGACCUCAUGGAAUCACAAUAUGGCGCAAAAUCGACUCCAUCAUCAUCAAAAGAGAGGAUUGAAAGAAUAACUAACAUUUCAAGCUUUAUUUCAUCGCCAACGACAUUUCUUGUAGAAGCUUUCAAAUCAGUGUUUUUCUGGGUGCUUCAUAAGGGACAAGAGUGGCAAUUCACGGCAAAGGAAAUCAAUGAUACCUUGGAAUGCAUGACUAACAAAAUGUACAGACAGAUUGUUCCUAAGCAGAUUGGUGUUCUUGAGCUUGCCAGAUGCGAAGAUCGCUCGCUGGAUGAUCCAGACGAUGAAACAGUAGAAGAUUUAUCCGACAGGGGUGCAAACGACAAAGAGUUUACAUGGUCACAAGAUGGGGUUGGUGCUCUAAGAGAGUUGUAUGAUGUUGUGAUCGCUCCGAUUUCACACUUGAUAAAAGAUGAGGAACUUAUCAUUGUUCCUGAUGGUUCAUCAUUCUUGAUUCCUUAUGCUGCCCUUUUGGAUCAAAAUUCCAGGUAUUUGUCUGAAACGCUGAGAAUUCGAUUGGCUCCGUCACUAACAAGCUUGAGCCUGCUGUCAGAGUGUCCAGAGGGACGCCAUUGUAAAUCUGGUGCCCUGCUAGUUGGUGACCCGUGGAUUGAAACUGUACGCAUCAAAGGAAAGAGAAUUGAGCAGCUCCCGGGCGCUAAAGAGGAGGUAAAAAAGAUUGGUGAGAUAUUAAACGUUGAGCCUCUCAUUGGAAAAAACGCUACAAAAGAACAAGUGUUAAGCAGGCUAAACUCAGUUUCUUUAGUUCACAUUGCAGCUCAUGGUUCUGCAGAAAGGGGUGAAAUUCUGUUGUCACCUAAUCAUGGCAGCUCCAAUCCUCCCGAAGAGAAAGACUGUCUUUUAACAAUGACAGAUGUGUUGAAUGCAAAAUUGGACGCCAAGCUUGUUGUCUUGAGCUGCUGUCACAGUGGACGAGGGAAGAUCAAGGCUGAGGGCGUGGUUGGUAUUGCACGUGCCUUUUUAGGAGCUGGUGCGCGUUCUGUUAUUGCGUCACUUUGGGCGAUUGAAGACGAAGCCACUCUGACGUUUAUGAGACACUUUUACGAACAUUUGGUCAAGGGGCACAGUGCAAGUAAAUCGCUUCAUGAGGCCAUGAAAAUGAUGCGGGAGUCAAACGACUUCAAUGCCGCGAAGUACUGGGCACCAUUUAUGCUGAUUGGCGAUGACGUCACUUUAAAUUUCGACCAAUGA